CAUUUGCACCGAAAGCAACGCGCGCUCAAAGUGCUUGAUAAUAAGAUAUACCAUAUACUACAUAUGUAUGUGGAGCAUCGGCGAUAAAUAUUGUAAAAUUAUUUUUAAAAAUAUGUUCGACUCGUGUGCGACGACGAGCAAUGUAAAUAUACAAAUAAAAUAAAAAAUAUAAUUGUACGCGGGUGCUGUUCUGAGAGCAAACAAGUGUCAAUACUGUGAAAUCAAUACCAAUGAGAAAUGUGACUAAACAACCAAAGGAAAUCAAUUGUGCCAAACCUCGUUGAAAGACAACAAAUUAAAAAAGCGCCUAACGGCUAACGGUCUAAGUUAUCCGCCCGAUAAUUGCCCUCCGAUUGCAUCCGAAUCGAGAACUUAGCGCCACGCCAUGAGCAUCAUCGACAGCGGAAAGUACCGCUUGCGCAAGGACUGGGCCAGCGCCUCCAUCCCAUCCUUGGUGAACAUCGACGAGCACGACGGCGACUCCGGGGACACGGGGGGCAGCCUCAAUGCCACGGCCCCUCUGCCUCCACAGAAGCCCCCGCGGCGCAGCUCCCUGGCCCUCGGACUGUUUUCCAGCAAAUCUGACAAGAACCAAAAGCGCCGCAGCUCCAUAGCCGUCUCCUUCCUGCGGCGGGAUAGUAGUAAGAACUCCACCAAAGACUCGUAUGAAUCGGCUGUGCGCAGCGAGAAGUCCGAUGGCUCCGGCACACCCACCAGCCCGGAGAUCGUGUACAGCUCCGAGGAAAAUAUCCGGGCCAGCUCCCCAAACGAUCCGGGCAAGCAGACCUUCUUUGAUGACGGCAGCCAAUCGCCGCGUCCAGUGCUCCAGGGGCUGAACACCUCGUUCGAGGGACCUCAAAAUGACCGCCAGAGGCGCAGGCGCAGCUCGCUGCAGACCAAGCUGGACCGGCAUCGCCGCAAGAAGAUGGAGUACAUCAACCAGAGGAGCCUGGACUCCGGCAUGAUGUGCAGCGAGUCCCAGAGCGACCUGACCAACGAAAGCUUGGCCGAGGCGUCCGGCAGCUUUGCUAACGGAAACGGAAACGACGACGAGGACGACAUCAUCGAUCCCAGCCACGGGGAGUACUUUCCACGCGAGAAGCGACACUCCUGGUGGAACAUCUUUGUGCCCGACAAUUUCAAAAACAGGUCACGUAGGGCUAGUCAAGAUGUUUCCAGUUUGUCACGCAGCGUUGACAAUUUGGCGAUACCCGUGCGCAGGAGCAAAUCGCGAAGCGUGGAUCACGGCCUGGCGGCUCCAUUCGACUUGGACUCGCUCCGCUCCAAAGUGGAGCAGCGCUUCGAGAGCGUCGACAAACUAUCAAGGCAAAAGUCUUCAUUGCCCACCAUACCCACCAUUUCCUACACCGUGGGCAAUCGCGACACCCUGACCUCCGUGGCCGCCCGGUUCGACACCACGCCCUCGGAGCUGACCCAUCUAAACCGGCUGAACAGCUCGUUCAUCUACCCGGGCCAGCAGCUGCUGGUGCCGGACAAGAGCGCCAAGGACGACGCCUCCAGCAGCUCCACCCACGACGCGGACGGGGCCAGUCUAUCCGGAAAAUCAAGUCCGGUCGAGCGCAAGCUGUCCGCCGACGAGAGCCGCGAGAAAGACAUACUCGAGGGCCUGCGCCCCGGAUCCCCAAAACCGGGACACAUUGAGCGCGUGGGCGGCAGUAGCCAGCAGCAGGCGGAGGAGGAAGCCAACAAAAGCGACGACCCGGUGAUCACCCAGCGCUUCCUGAAGAUCAAUGUGCGCCACAUCACGGACGGACAAGGCGUUGUGGGCGGCGUCCUUCUGGUCACGCCCAACGCCGUUAUGUUCGAUCCCAACGUCAGCGAUCCGCUGGUCAUCGAGCACGGCCCGGAGAGUUACGGCGUCAUUGCGCCAAUGGAGCUGGUGGUCAACGCCGCCAUUUUCCACGAUAUUGCGCACAUGAGAGUGGCUGGAGGAGCAGGUCAGAGCCUGAACUCCGGCUCGGGUGACGCGGAGAAGCCGGAGAUCUACUUUCCCAAACCAGUAUUAAUCGAAGAAGACUCCAAGGAGCUAUCCGAGCAGCAGCCGCUGCUGGGCGAAGACGGUAAUAAACGCUUGGAUGACAUAGGGUCGCUGGAGAUCGCUGACGACCAAGAGUCGCUUUGCUCCAGCACUGGACGCGAUGGCGACGCGUUUCCCAAAGCCUUCGACCGCGAACGUGUAGAUGACUCUUCUACGGAAGCCAAAGAUAGCUCUAAGACUGACGGUCUAGACGAUGAAGACAAGAAGGGAGGUCUCGGCCUUUCCAGCACACGCUCCACCCUUGAGGAGCGGCGCAAGAGUUUGUUGGAUCACCACUGGGCCAUUCCGAGCAAAGACCGCUAUUGUUUGUCUAAUUUCCGAAGAUCCUCGGAAGAUGAGGGCGACAACGAGUCUAACGUAACCGUGGACAGCGGUGCAAGAGUCAAGGAUCCGCACUCGGCCAAUAGCUCGGUCAGCGGAGUACCGCUUAGCCAGCCCCCUGUGGCUGCUGUUGCAGCUGCCGCAGCGGUUGGACCCGUUGUUGCUCCUCUGCCUCCCUCGGGCAUCGACCUGGAGCACUUAGAGCAGCUAUCCAAGCAGUCGUGCUACGACUCGGGCAUCGAUAUCCGCGAGCCCGUUCCGAACGUACACCCGAUACCAAAGAAAGCCGUCUACAGCGACGCGGACAUUGUCCUCAGCUCCGACUGGGUACCACCGAAAACCAUUGUGCCGACGCACUUCAGCGAGUCCCCGCCUCGCAGCACCAUUCUCGGGCAGAGUCUCGACGCCGGCACAGGAGGCGUCCGUAAAAAGACCUCAAGCGUGAGCUUUAGCGUCGACGACGAGGCCGCUCAACAGGCUCAGGCCCAGGCGGCUGCACUGGCUGUCACUGACAAGCAGGCGGAGAAAAAGAGCAAGAUGCUAAAACGUCUCUCAUACCCCCUGACAUGGGUGGAGGGCUUGACUGGAGAGGGUGGAGCCGUGCCGCCCGGGGGCGUGGGUAUUGGAAGCCUGAACAAGUCAGGAGACACAGACUCGGCACCCAACACGGGUGACUCCAACCAAAGUGUAUUUUCGAAAGUAUUCUCAAGCUCGCCCAUCACUCUGGUUUCAGAGCUGGGCGGGAAUCUUUUUUCGAAAACACCGUCCGAGGACUCUGGUGGCUCACCUGUGCCGCCAUUGACUCCGCAUUCGACUCAUUCCGAGGGUCACAUGACCUAUGGACGUUCCUCAAUCGGUACCUUUAUUCGUCCUCACUCUUCAGAGGGCACUUCGUCCAGCACUAAGCUGAAAGAGGCCAAGCAGGCGCCCAAACUGGACUACCGCUCCAUGGUCUCCAUGGACGACAAACCGGAACUCUUUAUCAGUGUGGACAAACUCAUCCCACGACCGGCUCGAGCCUGCCUUGACCCACCAUUGUAUCUACGCCUGCGCAUGGGCAAGCCCAUUGGCAAGGCCAUUCCGCUGCCAACCUCUGUCAUGUCCUACGGGAAGAACAAGUUGCGCGCUGAGUACUGGUUCAGUGUGCCAAAGAAUCGCGUUGAUGAGCUCUAUCGCUUCAUAAACACCUGGGUGAAACACCUGUACGGUGAGCUGGACGAAGAGCAGAUCAAGGCGCGUGGUUUUGAGCUGAUUCAAGAGGACACCGAGUGGACCAAGAGCGGCACCACCAAAGCCGGCAUGGGAAGCGGCAGCCAGGAUGGCGAGGAGAUAAGCGAUCUGACCCGCGAGUCCUGGGAGCUUAUAAAGGCGCCGUUCGCCAAGACCUACAAGAUCAUUAAAACGGCAUCGCAUGCCGCAUCGCAUGACCUGGAAAUGCUGGGCGGCGAGGUGCUGUCAAUGAGCACAGAUGAAUAUCGCAAGACCUCACUCUUUGCCACAGGAUCCUUCGACUUGGACUUCCCCAUACCAGACCUGAUUGGCAAGACAGAAAUUCUUACAGAGGAGCAUCGCGAGAAGCUCUGCUCACAUCUGCCGGCUAGAGCCGAGGGAUACUCCUGGUCCCUGAUCUUCAGCACCUCACAACAUGGUUUCGCACUGAACUCCCUGUACCGCAAAAUGGCUCGUCUGGAGAGUCCAGUUCUGAUUGUCAUUGAGGAUACGGAGCACAACGUAUUUGGUGCCUUGACCUCCUGCUCACUGCAUGUGUCGGAUCACUUUUACGGCACCGGUGAGUCCCUGCUCUACAAGUUUAACCCGAGCUUCAAGGUGUUCCAUUGGACUGGUGAGAAUAUGUACUUCAUCAAAGGCAACAUGGAAAGCCUUUCGAUUGGCGCUGGAGACGGUCGUUUUGGCCUUUGGUUGGAUGGGGACCUGAACCAGGGACGAUCGCAGCAAUGCAGCACAUACGGCAAUGAGCCUCUGGCGCCACAAGAAGACUUUGUUAUCAAAACACUCGAAUGCUGGGCAUUUGUUUAAGUGAAUUUCUGUUGUCGUCAACAAACAUAUUUAAGGAUGGGAGCGAGGGCCUCCUGUCGACCUAUCUAUCUAAAUAAUUAUAUGUACUUGUACUAAAAACCAACAACCUGAGAAAGAUGUCAAAAGCUGGUGUGCGUCCAAGAAUUCGUCGGAGCGAUCCACACAGCCCUACCCGUAAAUCACUUGAAUACACCAACACCAUAUAAAGAAAGGAUCUGCUCUGAAGAAAAAUGCUUCUGAAAAUUCGGUUCUCGGAAGCAAAUGCGAGUUAGCUAUGCGUUGGAACGUAUUAAUUAUUUAGUUUUUAUAUCAUAUAUUAUUAAACAAAAGCAACUAAAUUAUGUGUUAGACUUAAACAAAACAAAACAUGAAAAACCCAAAAGGCAGACUAGCGAAAACAGUUGAGGAUAAAAUUAGAGGUCAUCACACAUCUCCAUGAAUAAUAUGGCACACGCUUACACCCACAUACGCUCACACAAACACAUUAAGUUUAGUUCUUAUUAACGAAAAUUAUAAACAACAAAUUUUGAGAAGAAACUUAUAGCAAAAAGCAGGUUUUUAUCCUUUAUCGUGUAAAUUUCUCUCGUUUGAUUUCAGUUUGAAUUUAGUUUCGACCGAUUACUUGCUAAAGUUAUUGAGAACAUUGUGAAAGAGCAAGCUAAUGAGAUGAGAAAAAUAAAAAGAAUGUCGAUAUAAUUUUUAGUGCAAAAAUGCUGAGAUUGCAAGUAAAACUAAAGCAAAGAUAACUUUAAACAAAUUGACACUUAUGUAUAUGUAAAAAAGAAGCUGAGAGCGAGCGUUUUAUUUUUUAGUUUUACACGAUAUACAUAUAUUUAAUUAUGAUUAUUUUUAUGCUAAUGAUGUUGACUUCUACGCAAUUAUACUAAAACUAAAACAGAAACAACACCAGAAUGAAAUACACAUUAUUAUACAACCAAACUGGCCAAACAGAGGUUUUACUUCCUCCGAGACCCAGAAAUUUAGCUCCCAAUAGAUCUCUUCAAAAUAAUUUGAUCGCCCCACCACCUAUUUUGGUAUGAUAUGAGGGUCCCAAGCAGGCGCACAUUUGUUUUGUAGUUGUAACUUUUCCUUGCAAAUAUGGGUCACAUACAUAUACGCAGAUAUUUCCACAGCAAAAUCAGAAUCAGGAACGUUGGCUUGAUGCUGGUGUAAAAGGUUUUGGGGAAAUCAAACCAACAAACUUAAAUGGCUUUAUAUCCCUUUUGAGAUACAAUUUCAGUAUAAUUAUAUAUAAAUAAAUUAUAUACAUAUAUGUAUAUACAUACAUACGCUAAUAUAUAAGUGUAUAAUGGUAAAAACAAACAUAGGUAUAUGUAAGUGUAAUUUUUGUAGUGUACUUGCGACCCAAUUUAAAACCCCGGUCUCCCCAAGCCCCAGCUCCUCCAAUCGAUUGUAUUGUGACCUCCCAAAAACCUUACGGCCACACAGCCGACUCAGAAACAUAUUCUAAAUAUUCAAAUACACACGAGACGCUGGGAGGUACAUUUCAAAGAACAAACGAAACAAUAUUGCUGAUAUUUUACACAGAACAGAGUUCGAAACUAACAAAAAGUAAGGUAUUAAAAACAUUUCAUCGGAGUUCAAGUUUUUACUGGUUUAAAAGUGAAACAAAGUCACAAAACAACGCACACAAGCCAAGAAAAUUGUGAAAUUACUAAGAGAUUGAAAAUAUUAAAUGUAAAGAUAAUCCCAAACCGAAACGCAGAGAAUCAUCUAGGCAUGCAACACUUUAGAGAAAUUUUUAGCUGAAAAUUUGCACGCACCCCUGCCCUAAAAAUGGAAAUAUACAUAUGAAAAUUAAGAAAAUGGUGAACCAUGCAACCCACGCCCGUGAAGAUGUUAUUUAAAUGACAUUGGCUAACAAUUUUUGUGUAGUUUGCAUGCGCACACACCUACAAACAUUAAUCUCUCUAAGAGUGGGAUAUAAAACUCUCAGCACGCAUUAAACCAAAUCACUUUCUUUUGAGGGCUCUACACAGAAUGCAAACCAAGCUAUGUAAAGGCUUGUUUUCUGAGAAAAAGUUACGAUAACCUGAAAUCGACAGAUCGAUCAUCUUUUACUAUACGCAAACUUCAUUUAAAAACUUGAGACCAAAAUACGUUCACUACAAAAUAUAGCAUGUUGUCGAACUACCCGCUAACACUUUCGUACUGGGUCGAGCAUAAUAGUUUGUUGACAACCAGUCAAUUAUGUCCCAAACAAAACUCACAUACGCGACCUAAAAGCUUUAUGGAAUAUACAUAUGAAGUCAAGAAGUGUUUAUUUCCUUAGACUAUGAAACUUUGUUGAUGAAUUCAUAGCUAUGUAUUUUGUUGUGCGUUAAGCAGUAAUAAAGUGAAUAUGCAAACCAUAUGGAAAAGAAAUGAAUGGAGAUAAUUUUAUAUUGUAACUUCUGUCAAUUAAAUUGUAGACUGGUGCAUAUACCAAGCAAAAAUGCGUCACAUACGCCGCACAUACAUAUAGUUGUUGCAGCAGGCACUUGUUUAAGCCAUCAAUGCAUGAUUUAUUGAUGACGAUAGUUCUGCUCCCUUCAGUUUUGUUGUGAGUUCAAUAAGUGCUUAGUAUUGGUGUAAUGUGUAAUUCAUAAAUAAGUACCCAGAUGUAUAUCAAACCUCAUGGUUAGUUAAUUAGUGUGGAAUGCUUUUUGCACUUAGUGUCCGAAUUUUUAGUGCUCUUGCCCAUUACAAUGUUGAGUAGAUUGCAAACGUUUCUAGUUGUUGUGCACCGAAAAUUAAACACAAUAUAAUUCGCACAAUUCAAGGAAGAUGAUAUUCAGGCAAUGCUGGCAUUACCAUAUACACCAUCUUAGAGAUAGAUUUGCGAUUCCACCUUAUACAUUGCUGAUUGUAGAACCGCGUGAUUGUAUAAACUCCACUUACUAGAGACCACCACUCUACCCAGGCCAUAACUAAAGGUCCAUGCCACAUAGCUAUGACUUGACGAGAGGGAGGAUUUUACAAACGAUAUUGACAGAGAAAGAUGUGAAUGCAGCAGGUGGUUUAUUUUUCUACCGAUAGAUUGCAAGCAAUUGAGAACACAGUUGAUUACUACACGAACAGCAGCCAUUACCUAAAUCGUGGUAUAUAUACGAGAGGCAUAUAUCUACCUAAAUGCAUACAUAUAUAUAUAUAUUUUUGGAAAGCGAAUCUAGUGUGUCUCGAUGAUAUCGGCUAGCUGUAUUCAGGCCGCGGCCAAGUACUAAGCAUGCAUAUUUGCAAUGGAUAGUGAUCAGAGUAAAUGUUUAAAAUAAUAAGAGAAUUCGAAAGUUUGCCUUGGUUGUUUCGUUUGAAUGGAAUGCAUUUGUUGUUCUUCACUUAUACUUAACACAUUUUACAGAUAUCGGAUUAAUUCAUGUGUGCAACUUGUAUCGUAUCUAUUAUAUUGCAUUCCAACAAAAGCAAACUGAAAAACUACAAAAAACACAUGAGCAGAACGCAAGAGAAUAUAUAUAAAUAUAUCCUAUAUGUAAAUGUAAAAUCAAUAAAAAAAUUAACUUUUCUGAAAAAUAAAUUGUAUAUUCAAAUAUCAA